GGUGAACUCUAUGAUCAAGAUGCAGCCUCUUUGCAGAUUAAAGUUAUCAAAUAUUUACAACAACGAACCCAGGCUCAGAGUGCGUUUUUAUUACUCAUUGUUCCGGACACACAAGAAUUAUUUUGUCAGGUGGUUGGCAGUAAAGUUUUACAAGGAGAAAUCCGCUUCCCUGGUCAGUCAAGUUGUUUUGCCUCAGCCCUAGACAAGAAAACCUCCAUAACUUUAGAUGAUUUACCAGAGGAUAACAGACAAGAACUCUAUGAUAUUUAUGGGAAUAACAUAAACUCAUUUCUAUGUGUACCAGUACGAAGGAAAGGUGCUGAAGAUCUGAUAGCUUUGGCUUGUGUCGUCAAUAAACGAGGGGCUGACAGAUUUUGUGGUGAUGAUGUACAAGCAAUUAGAAAAUGUUUUCAAUAUACAGCUACAGUUUUAACCAGUACACUUGCUUUUCAAAAUGAGCGAAAACUCAAAAAUCAAACACAGGCUUUAUUACAUGUAGCUAGAAAGUUAUUCACGAGACUUGAUGAUUUAACCAAGUUAUUACGUGAAAUUAUGCAAGAAGCCAGAAAUCUUACUCAAGCUGAAAGAUGUUCAGUGUUUUUGAUUGAUGAUGAUGAAUUAGUAGCUAAAGUCUUUGAUGGAAUCAGUGCUGUAGAUUCACAGGCUCAACAAGAAAUAAUUCUACCGAAGACCCAGGGUAUAGCUGGACAUGUUGCUACAUCAGGUCAACUAUUGAAUAUAAAAGAUGCUUAUUCUCAUCCUCUAUUUUAUAGAGGUAUUGAUGAUUCCACUGGAUUUAGAACCAGAAAUAUUUUAUGUUUUCCAAUUAAAAAUGAAGAUGAGGUGGUUUUAGGGGUAGCUCAACUAUGUAAUAAGAAAACAGGACCAUGUUUUACUCAGUUUGAUGAAGAUAUUGCCUCAGCUUUCGCUGUUUAUUGUUGUAUUAGUAUUAGUCAUUCACUAAUGUAUCAGAAGAUGAUCGAUGCCCAGUCUCGAAACAGUUUGAUAAACGAACUAAUGAUGUAUCAUAUGAAGGUGACAGAUGAUGAAGUUACUCUUCUUGAUGAUGAUUUUAAACCAGUGUUACAGAUACAUCCAGAUUUUGACAAAUUUUCCUACCCACCUAGAAUUCUAGUAGAAGAUGAAACCACUAGGGCUUGUCUUAGUAUGUUUGAAGAUUUAGGUUUCGUAUCAAAAUGGAGAAUAAAAAAAGAUUGUUUGAUUAGGUUUACGUUAAUGGUAAAAAGAGGCUAUAGAAAUCCUCCAUAUCAUAAUUGGAUGCAUGCUUAUUCUGUUGCUCAUUUCUGUUAUUUGAUGAUCAAAAAUUUGGAGCUGGAGAAAAUUUUAGGUGAUAUUGAAGUGUUUGCGUUGUUUGUAUCGUGUUUAUGUCAUGAUAUAGAUCAUCGAGGUACAACUAAUUCCUUCCAAGUUGAAUCGCAAUCAGUGUUAGCAGCUCUGUACAGUUCUGAAGGUUCUGUCAUGGAGCGUCAUCAUUUUGCUCAGAGUAUGUGUAUUUUAAAUACAGAGGGUUGCAAUAUCUUUGAAAAUCUUUCUAGUGCUCACUAUACACAAGUGUUAGAUCUAAUGAGAGAUAUUAUUCUAGCUACAGAUUUAGCUCAUCAUCUGAGAAUUCUCAAAUCUCUUAAAGAAAUAGCUAAUAAUGGUUAUAACAAGGACAGUAAUCGUGAUGUUAAAUUAUUGUUAUGUUUGAGUAUGACAGCCUGUGAUCUUUCUGAUCAAACUAAAAAUUGGAAUAAUACAAAAAAAAUUGCAAGUUUAGUUUAUCAAGAAUUCUUCUCUCAAGGUGAUUUAGAGAAAGCUCUGGGACAGAAUCCCCUGGAGAUGAUGGACAGAGAUAGAGCUUGUAUUCCUGAUUUACAGAUCAGUUUCUUAGACAAUAUAGCACUCCCAGUUUAUGAAAUUUUAGCAAAAAUCUUCCCACCCAUGGAUGAGGUGUUGAAAAAUGUUUUGGACAAUCGAAGUCGUUGGGAGAGGAUAGGAAAAUUACUGAAUUUACGU